GUUUCCCAAGAAGGUUCUAUCCUAUUUGUGAUUUCUAGGAGGCUGGUUGAAUGAACAAGAUGGGAGUGGGAAAUGAGAAGUUUUUGAAAGUGGAAUCUUUUUGUUUGACAGUUUACAGGAAAUUGGACAAUGGCUUGUUUUAGGAAGAUGGCUAUCAUCAAUGUCAAUGUCACUGCCUUACCAAUGAUACCAGUGGAGGAGAACCUGGCUGUCUCUCACGCUGUGCAGGACACAGUGAAGAAUGCUGUGAGGAAGGAUUUAGAGAACAAUCCACCCUCAUGCAUUAUUGGCUCCAUGGAUCAGGUGAACCAAAGGAUUGCUGAAGUAUAUCUGAGUCCCAACCUGCUGGCCGGCAGCCUAGCAAUUGAGAGAUUUGAAAUGGAGAAGAAAGCUUUAAGAGAGAAAAGUCGUGGCAUCUCGGGAGACAGAGUGAGACGAGUCGUCAAGAGUCAAAUAAAGCCCUGCAGAGGUUCAGAAAGCAAGAAUGCCAAAUCUUUCAUUUUAAAGAGAAAAACAGCAGAUAAAAAUCUGCUAGUGGAGCUGUACCAGUAUCCUGAAUUUAACAGCUCUAGGCCAAACGAGCUUCCGAAUGGGGUGAAAUUCUCUGACAUGGUGAGCCACGUGAUCCGGGCUGAGAAGAACCCCCUCACUGGCAAGUCUUUCUGUACAGGUAAAGAAUUGGAGAAGUUUCUGUCUUCUCCUUCCCCACGAGCCAUGUUGCUGGAUAGCUUCUGGUGGAUCUUUCAUGAAAGGUACCAGCCAAACAAGGAGCUCCAGAAGAAGCUGUUUGACCGGAUAUCCAGAAACUACGCCAAUCUUUUAUUUAAUGAGUCCAGAUCCCACUACGAAGAGGCUCUCUUAAAAAGGCUGCCAAGCCUCCUGAGUAAAGGCUUGUACACCAGCUUCUGCACCUGCUUCCCACAGUCCUGGUUCAACACGCAUGAGUUCAAGACUGACAUCUGUAAUACAAUGAGCCUGUGGAUUUCAGGUAUAUGUCCUUGCCCACAGAGCUAUAACAACUGGGACUACUCGGAACUGGAUCCAGAGAGAUUCCGGAGAGAAGAAUUAAUAUUACAGAGAAAAAGACUGAUAAAGGGAAGAGAGUUUUCUCUGUUCAUUCAUAAGAAACUCUCCACCCCGAAGACAAUCUGUGCCAAGAAAUUCUGCCACACUCAGACUCAGAAGGCUCCCUGCUGCCUGGAGGACAGACUGACCUGCGAGGCCUUGCCUUAUCUGGCCUGGCCCAGUGCCCGCGCCCUGGCUGUCUGGGCUCCGGCCACAGAGGCUAUCCUCCUUUCAGUUCCUUGCAUGCUCCACAUCCCCUCCCCAUACAUGGCUUUCGUGCCUGCUCCUCUUGCCCCAGAGCUUCACUGUCAAGCAAUGCUAUUGAGGAAAGUUACAAAUCAAGUCAAGAGAAUAUCAGAAGCAAGACAACAUGAGGCUCUGUUACCUAAACAGUCUCACCCUGCCUGCAAGAGCCCUGAGCUGAUUGCAAACCACUUUAACAUUUACGGGAAGAGCCCUCUGAUUGUGUACUUCCUCCAUAACUACUCCACUCUACGGCAGCAUGGCGAGGACAUGUUGAUGGUCAGGAGGUCGAAGACCAACAGCAUCCCUGAGUCCACCCCAAAGUAUGCUGACAUCAUCACCCAGGCCCUGAACAACCUGAAGAAGCGAAAGGACAACCUCUGCCGGUUGAACCGGCUUCAUUGGAACGAAUGGAAUUAUUUUGAUGAGUGCCUAAAGGAGCAGCAAAACCACUUCCUCAGGGAGGUGAAGAACAUCAAUCAAAAAGCAGCAGAGAAAAAGAAGGCAAACCAUACUUUCAUCCCACCUUCGAUCUUCAACGAAGAAUACCUUGAAAAGAAACCCAGAGGAAGCCAACUGAAAGAGAUAAAAUUUCUUUCAAGGAAAGAAAAGGAGGAGCGGGAAAAGAAAUGUGGGUUGCAGAGCGCUCCCCUCUCACUUUCAAGCCUUGAGGAUCCAGAAGAUCCCUACGAAGUCUUUGAAGCCACUGCUACCAGGCGGGGUGGAAUAACAACAGCAGAAAAAUAA